GCGUUGGAUGUCAUGCUCGGUGCAAGACCGGCACAGCGUCAUCAGCAGUCAAUGUCUGCAGCAACGUUGCUCGGUGGAUUUCCCCCAGGACCCGCUGACCAUGCGCUGUCUAGCUCGAUCUCCAGUUCCAUCUCAUCUUCACUCGCAUCGUCACCCUCUCUAGUUCCCACCGGUGUGUCCGCGAGGAACAUUUCUGCAGCGAGCUUGCUGCUUGACGAGGCAGCUAGCGCGGUUGUGCAGCCACAAGCAGUGGUGGCAAACGCUGCAGCCACUCUGGCUGCGAAUGUGCUGCUUCAAAACCAAGCAGCUGCGUCGCCGCAGAUAUCGCCUGCACUCGGACCGUUGGGAGGCAACGGCGCGAAGCCAAAGGGGUCCUUCCUUGGCGCCGGCGAGGAUCCUUUGGUUGCGGAGGCGCUGAGCAGUCUCUUUGGGACAGAUACGACGAGCCACAUGAACAAGACCGAUGACCACGGGCCGCAGGGUGGCCGCAACGUUCGAUCGGCCUCUGUGCAAGAUCAUAGCAACCGGCUUGCACUCGAGCAAGCAGCAGUCGGGCUGGCUCACCAACAAGCAGCCGCUUUCGCUCUCGACAGCCUGCUUGGAGGAUUGGAUGCAACUGCGGGCGUAACUGAAACCCGAGAGGGCCGCGCCAACUCCCGCGAAAUCGAGCGGCCUCCUUAUCAAAAAGGCGCAGCGUUUCACGCAGGCAAAAACGGCGAUCAGGGUAGACGAGGUGCCACAAGCGGUCUAAGCGACAGAUCCGGCAAUGGAUCGAAUAACAUGACCGCGUGGCUCGACGAAAUUCUAACGACACAGGGAGCUCCAGGAGGAGCGUCGUCAAAAUUUAUUCGGCCUUCGCCGUCUGAAAGAGGUGGCAAGGACCACCACAGUUCCAGCACUACGAGGGAUCACACACUUAGAUCGUACCCAUCUGGCGACUAUGAUCAUGGAAGAAGUGCUGCUGGUCCGUAUGCUACAACUAAGGUCGGGUCCAAGUCCUGGGGUCCGCGUGGCGGAUACAAGGAUUCCGGGUCGUCCUCAAAAAGUGGAUCGUACGGAAAAGAUUAUCACUACAGUCGUGGAGACCCGCAUUACUCGUCUUCAGGUGGACCUUCGUCAUAUCACGGCAAAAAUAGAUACCAUAGUAAGGAUCACUAUCAGAAGGGUGGUAAGCACGAGAAAGGCGAGAGGGACAGCCAUCCACCGACCGUUGGCGGGAACCGCCCAACGUACAGCAAGUACGGCAGUGGCGGAAAGCAUGGUGAUAGGAGUGACAAUAGCUAUCACAGUCGGUACAACGCGAAUCACCAUGAUCAGUACAAGACCUCGUUUGGGGAACAUAAUUCCAAAGGUAGUGCGUCUUCUUCGAAGCAGGGACACGGCGCGGAUGGUUCGACCGGCAAGGACCACUAUGCCCCGCGUGACCAGCCGCGUGACCAGCAUCCAGGUGUAUCUCGGCAUGACUCGGGAUCCAAACCAAGCGACGUUGCUGAACAGACAGGCGGCGACAGAGGGCAUCAGGAAGCUACGACGACGUCACGCUUUCAUCCCAGCAACAGCCUGACUUCGAAAGGCAACAGUCCCGCUAACCAUGCAGGCGCACGUGCGGCGCCUGCUUUCGUCACAGAGUCAUCGGCUGCUAAGUCAAUUUCUGAGACACAUCCGACUAGUGGACCCGGCUCGGGCGGCAAAGACUCAACUUCGCCCUUUGCAGCUAACAAAGGCGAUCCGCAAGGCGAAGCGCACUCGAUGGGAGGACCGGGCGCUCGCCACCAUGGAGGUACUCGAGGACCACACUUUCCUGGUACAACUGCGCCACCCGAGAAGGGCCCAGGCUCCACGAAAGGCGGCCCUGGGCACCACAGUCAUUUCAAUAGCGGGCCUCCGCAGCCGCAAGCCUUCAACAACUACAGCCACUUUGGACGAAGUACUCCUGCUCCCACAGGCCCACCCCACAUCAGUGGUUACGGAAAUCCACCGCCGAACUUUGUGCAAAGCAGCGACAAGAAUAUGAAAGGUGGCGCACUCAAGGGUGGCGAAGCUGCGCCGUUUAAGGGCGGGAAAGCCGUUGGUGGAAAAAACGCUCCUUGUGUAUCGUCGAAUCCGAACCUGCAACCACUGGGCUCCCCGCCAGUGAUACACAAUCCUUUAGUUGGAAAAGGCGCUCCUGGGCCACCAAGUGGAGAGCCACUUUGUACUGACGGCGGACAUCAAUCCAACGUUCCUGGCAUGUCCAUGCUGAACAGCCCAAAUCAGACGCACCCCGGUGAGGGAGCUGCAACCGGACCAUCCAGAGCACCACACGGAUCCAUGAUGAACUACGAAAGCCUCACCGGCCACUCUUCCGGCUCUUCCUGUGGAGGAGGUGCGGGCGCUCCCGCCGGUGGAGGAGUGCACGGCACGAAUAGCAACAUAUCAGCAUCUCCAAACUGCAGCACGUCCGGCGGUGGCGGCAGUUUAUCAGGAGGAAGUCCCAACCUCGACCUUGAGGACCUGACAGGGGGAGCGGUCUACCGCUCGAGCGCGCCUAAAAAAGAAGGUGGCGUGAUGAGCGACAACGUACAUACUUCAGCGACGGUGAUAGGUGGAGGCAGCGGAACUACAGAGAGUCGCUUCAAUCAAGACACCGCGAAUGCGGCAUGCAUAUCUUCUCCUCCGCUCAAUAGCGCGAAACACGAAGCAUCUUCACACCAGAGCGGAGGUGCAACAGCCGAGACCGCGAUGUUUCAAGACGCGAAAAUGUCACCGGAUCGCGUCGAGAAGAACGCAGCUAUUCUAAAUACGAUCGACUUUGCGUUGGCAGGUGGCGACGGCAGUACCAGAGGUCAGAACUACGGUUCUUAUCCACCUGGAGCCGAACGUGCGAACAUUAAUGGCGUCAAGGGCGAUUCGCUAAACGAUGGUGAUCCCAUGAACAAGGGUGGGAGCGGAGGAGGCUGGGAUACUGGGAGCCCCGGCGAUGGCAAAGGCAGUGGAGUGAUUCCCAUGCUGGACCCGAACGGUUUUCCAUCUUCGUGCGGACUACCACCCGGAGGACCCCCGAUGCAAGUGGGUAAAGCCGGGAGCAACUAUCCGGUACCACCUCCAUUUUCGAAUGACUUCAUGAUGGGUGGCGGCAUGAAUAUGAUGGGUCCACCUGGUGCUCCGCCGCAUGCCACCUUCCAAAAUACCGCUCCCGGAGGUGGAGCAUACAACACGGGAUAUCCUAGCAUGCACCCAAGCGCACCAGCGGCGCCGACGAUGAUGCCUGGAGGCGGUUUCGCAACCGGCAAGGACGCGUUUGGCGGAGCGAAGAGUGGAUAUGGAGCUCCGGCACCAGGACCACACGGAAAGAAAGGCCGCUUCUCCUUCGGUGGAGGCACUAAAGAAGGCCCACAACGAUGGUCUCUGGGUGGUGGAAAAGACGGGGCAAAGCCGGGCUAUGGACCACCGGACCUCUCCGGAAUUAAAGGGCCGGGCAAAGUGCCUCAUGCGAAGUUUAACGCCAACAUGCAACCAAUAGGGGCUUCUGGUGGAACGUCGAUGCACGGUCAUGGGAAAGGAGAUAAAAACUACGACCCAGUCCAACAAGGCAUGAAUUACUCAGUGGCGGCGGGACCAAGUGCGAGUGCAGAGAUGAAAACAUCAUCUGGAGGAGACGUCGAUGUGGAUGACGAUGAUUACAUCACUAGCAAUCAACCACAACCAGCUGUCGUGCCAGAAAAGCAGCCAGCGUUUUCAGCCUCGAAUACCGACUCCUUCCCUGGAAACCUAGGUCGACCACAGAGCCGAAGUCGUGGCGGUAGUCGCAGCGGCGAAGGCGGUGGAACUAACUACCCCAGCAAUAAUCCAUAUCAUAACGACAACUACUACGACAAUGCAGGUGGCAUGUGCGGUGAAUCGAGGCGAGGAAGAGAUCGUCGCAGACAUCGCAGCCGCUCUUCAAGAUCACGAGGUACACCUGUAUCCAUUGAUGCUUUCUGUCUCUACGAGAUGAAAAGCAGAAGUGAGACUCAUUUAUGUAUUGUAAUUCUACUGCAGACCUAGACCUACUGACUCGCGACUACGACAGUGCAUGAUCAAUCUGUGAAAACUCUAUCGAUUAGUACUUGUCCACAAACUGUGUAUCACAAUCUCACAUUCCAGGUGGAGGUGGGCGCGGCAGCAAACAUCGCGACCGCCGCGGCAGUAAAGAUAGUCGUGGCAGCAAACACCGCGACAGGCGAGGAUAUAACUAGAGCGUAGACACCCUGUGAAAGAAACUGUAAACGAAAACGCAGUGCCAAGGCAUCUUCGAUCGGGCGACAACUCUUGAACAGGUGCCACCGGAUAUCGUUAUCGAUCAGGGAAUUGCGCCUCUCUUCACGCAAAAAUAUGAUCAACAACUACAUACGUUAGAAUGUAAAUAAUAGGAUCAGAGGUCGACGCCUUUGCAAGAAUGAAGGCAAAGUGAAUACAAGACAUGUAAAUACAACUUCUUCUAAGGCAUGUUACGUGGACGUACAAGUACAUGACCUCAGAACAUAAAAAAGCUAUUCAAAUACGUACUCACUAUACUGACUCUCUUUCUAUCUCUUCACAUUGACUUUUAUGUACAACGUGAUUUUCGAUUUCGAAGUAAAGCGCUAAUAAAAGAUGGUCCUCGUCUCUCGCUCCGACAUGCUAAACACUAACUUGUAAAUAAGUAAAAUUUUGGAGGACGUGAUCAGAUCACCGCAACACUGAUGCAGUUUUAUUAAGUCAUUUGCAGUUGAGAAUAAAGAAGGAUCUCGACAUCCGAAGUCUCAACCUCAUGCUGCUUCUUGCCUUGUGGAAGAAGUUCUUACACGUCACGUCGUGUUAAUGUGAUAAUACGGUUUUCUGCCGUGGUUCGUUAUGUUUGUAUAUGAUGCUGAUGUCGAUAGAACAUUUCGUGUGAUUUCUAGAUUUAUCAAUAAUAAUCUCCUUGAAAAUAGAUAUAGAUCUUUUUUGGAAGAAGCGACCUCAGAGGAAGCAGCAAGAAUGUUGAGUAGUUUGUAAGUGCGUGGGGAGGUUUCAUCCCCGAAAGGCUAUUUUAGCCUGUGAUGAAUGAGACGGACUUAUGUCUAUAGUGCGUACUUGUGCGUGCUGUUAGUUUUCAUGUAAGUAUUCUGGUUUUUAUGUCUUCGUAGUGAUUUCGAUUUGUAUUUUCUGUCUUCAUAGCCACUAGAUCUCCUGCUACUUAAGUAAGUACUUUGGUGGAUAAGGGCUUUCAAAGAGAAAACGAGAAAUGCAGUAAAAUGCGCGUGGGGUUUACAUAUGCGAUGAGGUAAUUUGGGGACUACAUGCUGCAAUAUUUCUUUCAACAUGCAAAAUGGGACGGAACUUCCUUCACCAUCCACAGAGACAAUUUAGGGCUACUCUUUUUCGUAAAAUAUAGAUGAGAAAAUGAAAAGUAUUUAUUUCCGGUUUGAUGGCAGCGCCACAGGACAAG